AGCGGGCCCGGCUGCUGGGCCGCGGGCUGGGGCGCAUGGGCCUCCUCCGAGGCGGGGCCGCGUGCGCUCGGGCCAUGGCGCGCCUGGGCGCGCUGCGCUCGCACUACUGCGCGCUGCUGCUGGCCGCGGCGCUGGCGGUGUGCGCCUUCUACUACCUGGGCUCGGGCCGGGAGACUUUCUCCAGCGCCACCAAGAGGCUGAAGGAGGCCCGCGCCGGGGUCGCCGCGCCUACGCCGCCCCCGCUGGACCUGGCCCGGGGCUCCGCGGUGCCGGCCUCGGGCGCCAAGGCCAAGAGCCUGGAGAGCGGCGCGGCCGUGCCGGUGGACUACCACCUGCUGAUGAUGUUCACCAAGGCGGAGCACAACGCGGCGCUGCAGGCCAAGGCCCGGGUGGCGCUGCGCUCACUGCUGCGCCUCGCCAAGUUCGAGGCGCACGAGGUGCUUAACCUCCACUUCGUGAGCGAGGAGGCCAGCCGCGAGGUGGCCAAGGCCCUGCUGCGGGAGCUCCUGCCGCCCGCUGCUGGCUUCAAGUGCAAGGUCAUCUUCCAUGACGUUGCUGUGCUGACAGACAAGCUCUUCCCCGUCGUGGAGGCCAUGCAGAAGCACUUCAGUGCUGGCUCAGGGACCUACUACAGUGACUCCAUCUUCUUCCUCUCUGUCGCCAUGCACCAAAUCAUGCCCAAAGAGAUCCUACGUAUCAUUCAGCUGGACCUUGACCUGAAGUACAAGACCAACAUCCGAGAGCUGUUCGAGGAGUUUGACAACUUCCUGCCAGGAGCUGUUAUCGGCAUAGCCCGAGAGAUGCAGCCGGUGUACAGGCACACAUUCUGGCAGUUCCGCCAUGAGAACCCCAAGACCAGAGUUGGGGACCCUCCACCUGAGGGCCUUCCUGGCUUCAACAGUGGAGUCAUGCUGCUGAACCUGGAGGCCAUGCGCCAGUCUCCACUCUACAGCCAUCUGCUGGAGCCUGCAUGGGUACAGCAGCUUGCAGACAAGUACCGCUUCCGGGGCCACCUUGGGGACCAGGACUUCUUCACCAUGAUCGGCAUGGAACACCCCGAGCUCUUCCAUGUGCUGGACUGCACCUGGAACCGGCAGUUGUGCACCUGGUGGAGGGACCAUGGCUACAGCGAUGUCUUCCAGGCGUACUUUCACUGUGAGGGCCAUGUCAAGAUCUACCACGGGAACUGCAACACCCCCAUCCCGGAGGACUAGGCACCUGCUCGCCCACUCUGCUUCUGGGGCUCCCGGGCCUGGGGAUCCAGGUGCUGCAGGCCUCCCAGCUGGCCAGUCCCUGUCCAUUGGCCAUCCAAAGAAGUUUAACUGAGCCCUGCUGGAGCUCGGGCUGUUUCCCUUCAGGGCAUCCUGAAGGACAGACAGAUGUCUUCCAGUAGGUGGUCAAAGAUACAGAAGGACAGAUUCUCUUGUCUACAUGGACUCAAACCCCUUUCAAAGAGCUGGCUUUUGCUAGACCAAAUAAGUGUUUACUUUAGACUGACAGGCUUCUGUUUGUGAGGACCGAGCUGUGCUGCUGGAGUGAGAGAGUCAGGCUCUGACAAGCAGCCUCCAAAGGAAUGCCACAGUCCCACACCCUUUCUCAGGGGGCUGUGCUUCCUUCCCAGAUGUCCAUGUUGCUUGGUGCAGACUUCAAGUGCACAUCUCUUUAGGUGAAGCCGCUUGGGCCAGCUAGGGGACACGGAAUAACCCCUAUUGUAGCAUCCACAGCUCCUAUCUCCCCGAUGUAUCCCAGAGCCCAUUCCCAUCCAUCCCCUGCUCCAGUGACCUGACUGUACUAAGGAAUCAAAUCUGCCAUCAAAGAACAGAGGUUGGCCAUGCUGAGGCAUGCACUAAAAUUGCCUGAACAAGGGAGAUUUCCUCCAGGGAGCAGCCUAACAGUUCACUAAUGCAAGUGGGUAGGCUUGCAGAAGGCUGGCCUGUGGGCUCACUGUGGUCUCUGGCGUGGAAAACAGACAGGCCCAUACUUUCCUAUAGAGCCAUGCCAGACCCUCCCCCUUCCCAGAAGAGUGCACCAUUUCUGUAUUUGUGCUUGUGAAGGCUCUGUAAGUCAGCUACCCACAUGAAGCCUCCACAGGCCAUGCCCAUGUCCAGCUCAUGUCCUCAGACAAGAAAUGUGAGGUUCUCAUGUUUUCUUUCAAUUCCCUGGACUUUUACAUUUUCUUUCGCCCCAAGUGAGAAUAGCUAAUAACUAAUCUUUGAGAACACUUGUUCAUGUUGUUUGUCCUCUGAUCAGAGUUUCUAGGGGCCUGGGGCUCUGAAUGAAGACUGGAAUCAAUAUCAGAGGACCUAAAGGACCAACAGGAAGGAAGGAAGGAAGGAAGGAAGGAAGGAAGGAAGGAAGGAAGGAAGGAAGGAAGGAAGGAAGGCCCGCCUGGGGGUGGCCGUGAGGUGGCCUUGCUGUGUUUGGUUCUAAGUACAGAGCCAUUUCAUUCCAGCUAUUGGAGAUCUAGGUGCUGCUGGGGACAAAGCAACCCCUCCCUGAGCCCAGACCUCCCCGCUGCAUUCAUGCCUGGUGAGGUGGUACACACCCCUUCACUAGCCCUCAGCUGGAGCCCAGUUCGUCUGUUCUCCUGGCUACUUGAUUUCCUAUUUAUAGCUUCUGGUUAUUAGAUGCCUGCCGUGUGCUGGGCAUCGUCUUGAGGAUUUAUAUGUGCUCUAGGUAAUAUUCAUGAAAACUUCAACAAGCUCAUUCCCGUUCUAAAACUUAUGUAUGAAAAAAGAGCCCUGUGCUGUGUUGUUUACUGCAGCUUUUUAUUAUACAAAAACCAUAUAAUGGGAUAUAUUAUAAAAAUCAUUUUAAGGAAUAUUAAUGUACCAGAAAAUACUUACACUAGUGAGUAAAGAAUACAAAAUACAAGAUUAUAUGUGUAUCCUUUUAUUUUUUUAAAUUGCAUAUGUGUGUGUAUGUAUUUGUGUACAAACAGGUGCAAACAUGAAGUUCGUAUGUGUGUGUGAAAAGAGGGAGACUCAAGAACAAGCCUAUUCUGUAUUUUGUCCAGUUCAGCCUCCUGAAGACCAUGCUUUAAACACAUUAACAAACCAGUUUUCUCAGUGAGGGUGGGGGAUUCAAGGCCAGGGAGUUCUUCUUAACCCACAAUGACAGCAGAAGUUUUCAUCAAGAAUUAACGUGUUUCUAAAACUGUGUCUUCUGUUGCUGCAAGAAAAACAGUAAGCCAGGUACUCAGAGCAC